AUGGAGAAGAGUGGAGUCUUUUACUAUGUUCUUGUCAUUCUAGACACUUUACUCUCCUAUAUCUUCCUUAGAAGAAACAAGAGAAAGCCACAGAAAAGAGCUAAGCUCCCUCCGGGUUCAAUGGGGUGGCCUCUUGUAGGAGAGACCCUUCAACUUUACUCUCAAGACCCAACUGUCUUCUUUGCCUCCAAACAGAGAAGGUAUGGCGAAAUUUUCAAGACUCAUGUACUUGGUUGCCCUUGCGUCAUGUUAACAAGUCCUGAGGCAGCUCGGUUCGUCUUAGUCACUCAAACUCACUUAUUCAAGCCUACGUAUCCGAAAAGUAAAGAAAGCUUGAUUGGCCCAUCGGCACUGUUUUUCCACCAAGGGGACUACCAUAUUCGCAUGAGGAAGCUGGUGCAGGCCUCAUUGUCACCGGAGGCUCUUCGUAACCUAGUGGCUGAUAUUGAAGCCAUGGCCAUCUCUGCCUUGGACUCCUGGGCUGGGGGCCAUGUCAUUAACACAUUUCAUGAGAUGAAAAAGUUCUCUUUUGAAGUUGGCAUACACGCCAUACUUGGCCAUUUGGAGCCUCAUCAAAGAGAAGAUCUGAAGAAAAACUACAGCAUAGUGGAGAGAGGAUACAAUUCUUUUCCCACAAACUUACCAGGAACUCCAUACAAAAAGGCCCAAUUGGCAAGGAAGAGGCUAAGUAAGAUUUUGAGUGGGAUUAUAGGUGAGAGGAAGGAAUACAGGUCAAUAGGGAAGGACCUCUUGGAUAGUCUCUUGGACUCAAAGGACGAUAAGGGUGAAUUCCUAAAUGAAGAUCAAAUUUCAGACAACAUAAUCGGAGUUCUUUUCGCUGCUCAGGACACCACUGCCAGUGUCAUGACAUGGAUUCUCAGGUACCUCUACGAUGAUUCGAAACUUCUGGAGGCUGUAAAGGCUGAACAGAAGGCAAUUUACCAAUCAAAUAGAGAAGGGCAUCAACAAUUGACUUGGAAUCAGACAAGAAAUAUGCCAAUCACUUACAGGGUUAUACAAGAGAGCUUGAGAAUGGCAAGCAUUAUAUCUUUCAUAUUUAGAGAGGCAGUGGCUGAUGUAGAAUACAAAGGGUACCUAAUUCCAAAAGGAUGGAAAGUCAUGCCUUUAUUCAGAAAUAUUCAUCAUAAUCCAGAUUUCUUUGCUGAUCCCCAGAAAUUUGAUCCUUCGAGAUUUGAGGUUAAACCAAAGCCCUAUACUUUCAUGCCCUUUGGCAGUGGAGUACAUGCCUGCCCCGGGAACGAGCUCGCGAAGCUGGAGAUGUUCACUAUGGUCCACCACCUUGUCACUAAGUUCAGGUGGGAAGUGGUGGGAUCUCAAAGUGGAAUUCAAUAUGGCCCAUUCCCAAUUCCUCUGCUUGGACUUCCAGCCAAAUUUUGGAAAGUAUCUACUCCCUAA